AAGUGCUCGUGCUUCAUUCCUUUGCCGACGGGCUUGUUUGACGUUUAGCAGAUCAGACGUGCACUCUGCUAUAAUCUUUUUUUAAAAAAUGGCAGAUUCUAACGUUCAGAAUGCGGUAGGUGACACAGAAGGCGGAGAUAAACCGAAGACAGCGAAACAGCUGGAAAAGGAAGCAAAGAAAGCUGCGAAGAUGGCUAAAUUUGCUGAGAAACAAGCUAAGGUCGCCGAGAAAAAGACAGCAGAUGGACAGUCUGGAAAGGAAAAGAAACCAAAGAAAGUGGAAGAGAAAAAGGUGAUAACUUAUGACAUUCAGACGCCUCCAGGAGAAAAGAAAAAUGUUGACGUUGAACUUCCAGCCCAAUAUAGCCCUAAGUAUGUGGAAGCUGCUUGGUAUGCAUGGUGGAAGAAAGCAGGUUUCUUCAAACCUGAGUAUGGGAGAAACUUGGAUGAGCCAAACCCUAAGGGCCAGUUUGUCAUGGUCAUUCCUCCUCCCAACGUUACAGGAACAUUGCAUCUUGGACAUGCUUUGACUAAUUCAGUUGAAGAUGCUCUUUGUAGAUGGAAUAGAAUGAAGGGCCGAACAGCAUUAUGGGUACCUGGUUGUGACCAUGCAGGUAUUGCAACACAAGUUGUAGUCGAAAAGAAAAUUAAACGUGAAGAAGGUCUAACACGACAUGAUUUAGGCCGUGAAGCUUUCCUGAAACGUGUUUGGGAUUGGAAGAAUGAGAAAGGUAACUUCAUUUAUGAUCAGUUGGAGAAGAUGGGGUCCUCUUUAGACUGGGAUCGUGUCACUUUCACAAUGGACCCAGGACCAGCAGAAGCUGUAAAAGAAGCAUUUGUGAGAAUGCAUGAAGAUGGAACCAUUUACAGAGCCAAUCGCCUUGUGAACUGGUCUUGUACUUUGAAGUCUGCUAUUUCUGACAUUGAGGUGGAGAAGAAAGAGCUUCCAGGAAGGACAGAAUUAGCUGUACCAGGCUAUAGUGAAAAAGUUGAGUGUGGAGUUCUGAUUCUCUUUUCAUAUGAAGUAGAAAAGACAGGAGAGCGCAUAACAGUUGCCACCACACGUAUUGAGACUAUGUUGGGUGAUACAGCUGUAGCUGUACAUCCAAAGGAUGAGAGGUAUAAACAUCUAAAGGGUAAGAUGCUCGUACAUCCCUUCACUAAUCGAAAGCUGCCUAUAAUUGAAGAUGAAUUUGUAGAGAUGGACUUUGGUACUGGUGCUGUAAAGAUCACCCCUGCUCAUGAUCCCAAUGAUUAUGAAGUUGGCAAAAGGCAUAAUUUGCCUUUUGUAACUAUAUUUACUGAUGAUGGUUACAUCAAAGAGGGAUACAAGCAUUUCACGGGAAUGAAACGGUUUGAAGCAAGAAAGGCUGUUCUUGAAGCUCUGAAAGAUGCUGAAUUAUAUGUGGAAACUAAAGACAAUCCCAUGGUUGUCCCCAUUUGCUCCCGAUCCAAAGACAUCAUUGAGCCAAUGAUAAAGCCACAGUGGUAUGUCAAGUGCUUAGACAUGGCAGAAAAAGCAGUUCAAGCAGUGAAGUCUGGUGAACUAGAAAUAAUUCCAAAGAUGCAUGAAAAAACUUGGUACCACUGGAUGGAAGAAAUGCGUGAUUGGUGCAUCUCACGACAGCUGUGGUGGGGGCACAGAAUCCCUGCAUACCUAGUGUCUGUUAAAGAUGGUCCUGUUCCUGGCUAUGAAGACAGUGAGUUCUGGGUAAGUGGUCGAACAGAAGAGGAGGCUCGACAGAAAGCAGCUAAGGAACUUAAUAUGGCAGGAGAUAAGAUUAUUCUGAGUCAGGAUCCUGAUGUCUUGGAUACAUGGUUCAGUUCUGGACUUUUCCCAUUUUCUGUAUUCAACUGGCCAAACAAGACAAAGGACAUGGAGCACUUUUAUCCAAACACACUCCUAGAGACUGGACAUGACAUUCUCUUCUUUUGGGUUGCAAGAAUGGUCUUCUUCGGGCAGAAGCUUCUUGGAAAGUUACCUUUUAAGCAAGUGUAUCUUCAUGCUAUGGUUCGAGAUGCCCACGGAAGGAAGAUGAGCAAAUCACUGGGCAAUGUAAUUGAUCCACUGGAUGUCAUUCAUGGUAUAACAAUUGAAGAAUUGAAUAAACAGUUGGAGGCAAACACUAACUUAGAUCCUCGUGAGAUUGCCAAAGCUAAAGAGGGUCAGAGACGGGACUAUCCUCAGGGUAUCCCUGAGUGUGGCACUGAUGCCCUUAGAUUUGCUCUUUGCGCAUACACUUCUCAAGGCCGGGAUAUAAACUUGGAUGUCCUUCGUGUCAAUGGGUAUAGGAAUUUCUGCAAUAAGCUGUGGAAUGCAACUAAGUUUGCCAUGAUGAAUCUUGGCAAUGAUUUCAAACCGUAUGAAUCCCUUCAGCACUUGAAAGACAAGGUUCAGGCUGCAUCAACAGGGAAAUCUCUUCAGCCAACUUCGACAUCAUCGAACAACAAUAUUUGUGACUUAGAAAAAUUUUCAAAUAGUUUAACAGAACUUAACAGUUUAUUAGAACAGUUUAGUUACAUAAAUGGAUAUAUUCCAACAAAAGCAGACCUUUAUGUCCUUGAAAGAUUAGGAAAAUCACAAACCCCUCUCUCAGAAUAUCCGCACAUUCUGAGAUGGUACUGUCACAUGUCCAGUUUUACAAGUGCUGAAAGAAGUGCGCUUCCAGGGUCUGUUAAUAAUGCUCUCCCAACCUCUUCUACACGGUUAGGGAAGGAAGGUCAGCUUAGUAUGGUAGACAGAUGGAUGUUGAGUCAACUUGCUGUUGCUGUUAGAGAAUGUAAUGCUGGGUUUGAAGAGUUCAACUUUCCAAGAGCCACUACAGCUUUGUACAACUUGUGGUGGUACCAGAUUUGCGAUGUUUAUCUUGAAUGCAUAAAACCAGUGAUGUACUCUAAAAAUGAGGCAGCAAAGACACUGUGCCGUAAUGUUCUGUACACAGCAUUGUAUGUUGGAUUGACACUUAUCUCACCAUUUAUGCCUUUCUUGUCUGAAGAACUCUUCCAGCGACUUCCACCACGCACCUCCAGUCAGCCACCAUCUAUUUGUGUUACUCCAUACCCAGAACCAGAAGAGUAUGAUAUCUUCUAUAAUGAAGAAGUGGAUGAGAAAUUUAAAUUUGGCCAAAAAGUCAUAAGUGAAGUCAGGUCUGCUAAAGCCAAGUAUGACAUCCCACAUAAAACUAAAGUUGAAAUAACUCUUCAGUCUGGCAAUACAGAAUACAGGGAUACUUUGGAAUCCUUAAUAGAAGAGAUUGCAACCCUGUCUGUUGCAUCUAACAUCUCCAUUUCCACUGACAAGCCCAAAGGUUCAGUUCCUACUCCUGUUAAUGCCGACACUGUUGCUUGGAUGAAGCUUCAGGGUUUAGUUAACUUGAGUAGCUGUCAAGACAAGAUCCAGAAAAAGAUAGACAAUGCUGAGGAGAAGCUGCAAUCACUAAUGGCAGAGAUGGCAAAGGCUGAUUAUGAUAAGGUGCCAGAAGAAAUUCGUUCGAGGAAUACGUCCAAGAAGCUAGAUUUAGAGGCUGAACUUGAACAAAACAGAGAUGCUAUUAAAAAGUUGGAAGCUAUGGAGACAGACUGAAAGGAAAAAUUGUUUUUCCAUAGUUCCUGAUGAAUUUCAAUUCUUUAUACAUUGUUAUUAGCAUCCUAGUAAAUUUUACUAGGGUAUUUUUAUUAAUAAAUCAGAAAUUCUAAA